UGUUUUCAAGAGAAACUCUAAUUGUCCAGUUGCCUUGACGUAAUUCUAUUAGAUACUGUAGAUCAUGACCUGGAUAAAUCAGAAUCUUCAUAGAUAUGUGUAAAUUAAACAUGCAGUGUAUUUAUUGCUAUAUAUGUAUAUAGGAAAUAACUAGUCGUUGAUCUGCUUAUGGGCCAAUAAUAGAGAGCGAACGUCAAACUGUGUUAUUUACUAUUUACUCUUCUAUUCUGCAAAGGUUUCCGUAUGCCCUACCUGGACUCAGACACUUCUUCAUUAGAGACUUGGUCUCUGUCAGAAGAUUCAGAUACAAGAGCUGGAGGUGUAGAUAUAUUAGAGAUGGAGCAAUCUUCAGAAAGCAGUUAUCAUACUUUAGGAUCUGAGGAUCUGCCUGAUGACUCCUGUACCAGACCAGGCAGUGUGAAUAUAUUAAAGAUCGAGUAUUCUUCAGAAAGCAGUUACAAUACUUUAGGAUCUGAGGAUCUGCCAGAAAAGUCCAAACCAGGCAGUGUGAAUAUACUAAAGAUUGAAUAUUCUUCAGAAAGCAGUGAAAACACUUCAGUUUCCCUAUCCGAGGAUCUACUUAAAAGAAGUGAAAGUAUCGCUGUUGCCUUGAGAAGCUCCUCUGUGCAGAAGACACCUCCAGUAUUCCGUGCACCAGUCGACAGUAUGGAAGGUUUCGUUGUUUGUUCAAGGGGAGAGCCAGGAAUUCCAGAGAAGAUACCAGUUCCACUUGGCUCUAUCAAUGUUCCCCGAGCUCCUCAAAAUUCCUUCGUUAUUGCUUGUUCUGCCCAGAGAGCAGCGUUGGCAGAGAGAGGAGGCACUGGCGGUGCAUUGUAA